AUGAAAGAUGAUAGUUACAACAUGGACAAAAAGGCUUAUUUAAAAACUGAUGUUACACAAAAGCUGAUCCUUUUAGCCUUGCUUUUCCUUUUAGCUAUGCUAAUUGUGAUCUUGUUCCUCUAUCAAUACCUCGGCAAUGUAUAUUUUUCCUAUGGAGAAUCCAGUGUUGAACAAAAUUUCUGUCCACAUGGCUACUUCAAAUUAAGAACUAUGAAGAAUUGCUCACCGUGGUUGUCUUGCAAGCUUAUAAAAAGAGAAGUCCAUAAACUGAAACCUGUUGGUGAAGGAGCUGUAAAAAGGGUCUUCCUUUCUGAGUGGAAAGAAAACAAAGUAGCACUUUCCCAGCUAACUGUGCCAGAGCUGCAAGAAGACUUUAUUCAUGGGCUUCAGAUGCUGAAAAAGUUACAAAGCAAGCAUGUGGUCAAACUCCUUGGAUAUUGUGAAGAGGAGUUCGUGAUUCUUACGGAGUAUCACCCAUUUGGAUCCUUGAAGAAUAUGAAUGAGAUACUGAACCUUCCAAAAUAUAAAAAUUAUAAUACGUGGUAUAACAGGUUCCUGCUUGCCAUAGGCUAUGUGAGCAUUAUCCAUUUUUUACACAACAACCCCCUUGGCACUUUUGUUAUGUGUGACUCCAGUGAUUUGAAUAAAACACUUUCACAAUACUUGUUGACCAGCAGCUUUCAUGUGGUUGUGAAUGACUUGGAUGCCUUGCCCCUUCUGAACAGGAGUACUGGUGAAUUGAUCAAGUGUGGCCAUCAGGAACUGGAGGGUGAAUUUGUUGCUCCUGAGCAGCUUUGGCCAUAUGGAAAAGAAGUACCUUUUGAAGACCAUCUUAUGCCUCCCUAUAAUGAAAUGAUAGACAUAUGGAAAAUCCCUGAUGUUUCUAACUUUCUUUUGGGAGAUGUUGAUGGGAGUGAUCUUGUCAGAUUUCACUUAUUCAGCAUCCAUGCAGCAUGCAAAAGGAAUGCAUCUGAAAGACCUUCUGCUCAGAUGGUACUGGACACAUACAAGAAUGUGCUUGCCUCACUUGUGAAAGAAGCAACCACACCCAACACAAGGGACAUGUUAUAAAAAGAUUAAUGGAAUGCUUUGAUA